AUGCUGAGCCACACGAGGGGUGAGAUUGGGACCUGGCUGCCAGGCUGGCCUGGGCACAGCAGGAAGCAUCAUGACUUAGGCAGCUCUCCGGAGGUCCUGGGCAUCUCCAGGGCUGCUCCUGCAGCUGGCCUGGCCCUGUCCACAGGUGUACCAGCCGUGAUGCAGCAGCCACGAGUGGAGACGGAUAUCAUCGGGGCUGGCGAGGGACCCCAGCGGGCAGUGCCCUGGUCAGCCUGGGUCACCCGUCAGGACUGGGUGCGCUGGUGGGCAUGCCACUUGCCCCGGAGCUGGUCUCAGUGGUGGAAUACAUCAGGUUGGCGGCAACCUCUACAGCAUAUGCUAUGGGGUCUGGAGGGGACACUCUACCUGCUGCUGUCCCUGAUGUUAUGUCAUGCACUCUUCACCACGGGCUCCUACCUGCUGAGCUCCCUGUGGCCUGUGGUGGCUGUGGUGUGGAGCCACCUGCUGCCAGCUAUCCUGCUGCUGGUACUCAGUGCCCUGCCUGCUCUGCUCUUCGCGGCCUCCUUCCUGCUGCUCUUCUCCACGUUGCUGAGCCUUGUGGGCCUCCUUACCUCCAUGACUCACCCAGGCUAUGCUCAGGACUUGGACCAAUAG